UCCCUUGAAUGGGAUACAGUUGUAUUUAAUUCUUUUAGAUUAACAGAUUCGUUGAAUAAAACAGAAUGAAAAUAAUUUUAUUCGGACUUCUCGUCGCAAUUCUUGCAGUGCAAGAGCAAGCGGCUCUGAGUCUGCGUCCGAAUAAUCGCCAUAUGUGGGAAAGCCGUAGCUCACCAAUUAUCCGCCAUCCGACUUUCACAACUUUUGAUUAUGAGGAAAUGCCGGUAGCUGAAGUUAAGCUUCUUCCCGAAGCUAAUGUUGAUUCUGCUGAGGACUCUAAGAAAUUGGUAGAUGAAAAGUUGGAUAAGCUGUCCCAAAAGUUUGAUGCACUGCAAGAAAAGUUUGUUAAGAGCGAUGAAAAGUUUGGUAAGCUCGAAAAAAAGUUAGAGCUUCUAGGUAAAACAUUUACGGCAAUAAGAGCCAAACCAUCGCCCAAAUUUGAGAAAAUUGGAUCAAAAUACUACUAUAUUGAUGACUCGGAAAGUGUCAAUUGGUUCGAAGCAGCUCAUAAAUGCCGUGCGUUGGGUGGAAAUCUAGCUGGUCUUCAAAGUGAGCAAGAGUUCAAAGCAGUUAGCGAAAAGUUAACCAAUGAACACUACUGGUUGGAUAUCAACGAUCUUGGCACUGAGGGUGUCUUCAAAUUGCUCUCUACUGGAAAGGAGGCUCCCUAUUUGUAUUGGCGUUACCCGGAACCUAACAACAAAGGAGGUAACGAAAACUGCGUUCAAGUGCUGAGAGUCGAUUCCAAGUACGCAAUGAAUGAUAAUAGUUGUGAUUUCAAAUUUAAUUUUAUAUGUGAGAAGAAUACUCUUGAGUAAAGUUUUGUAAUUCUAUUCAAAAUUAUGUUUCGAAGUUAUGCAAACAAUUAA